AUGUCGGCGAAGAAGUCCACUCGCGCGCGCGGCAAACCCUCCCCACGUACGUCGCAGCACAGCGACGAGGCGGAUGCGGUAUCAGAGGCGUACGACGUGGCCUCCCUGCCCAUGGACGACGCAGCGGCCACCCCACAUCAGCGCAGCGGUCCACUGCCGAAGAAGGCGUCCAAGAAGGAGUCUCCGCAAGACAGCAAUGCAACCGCUGCUGUUGACGGAGCAAUCAUUGCAACGCCGCAGCCGACCCUCGGCGAGGCGGAGACUGCUUCCCUUGCGGAGUCGACGCUGCAGUUUCUUGUGGACGGCACCAGUGUUGUAUCGGGUGUCACUGAGGCGAUUCUCUCUGUGUACCGCGGCGGGGACAAGGAGCGGGCCCUGUGCGCCGUUCUUAACGUGCUGGCAAAGGCGUCCGGCGUCGCUGAAGUGGAGCUGGAUGCGAGCGCGCUUGUCGACGGUGUGGAGAUACGACCGCUCCUUGAGGAGCUGUACGCGCAGGUGCCGGAGGACUCGGAGGCGUACCUGCUCGUGAAUAAGGAUGCCAAGUACAAGCGCUUUCGCCGCACCUUUCCGGAGUGGUGUGCGUCGCUGAUGCAGGACGGCUUCGCGUCGGACGUGCUGCUGGACGGGACAUUUUUGCCUAUUCUCUCACAGUGGAUCAUUGCCAUGAGCGAGAGCAAGUCGCGCUCCUUUCGCCACACCGCUACCGUGGUACUGCUCGCUUUUGUGCAAGCGCUCUCCAGCGUGGCCGCUAACCUUCAGAGUCAGCUUUCGCUUCUCCGUACGAAGAAGACCAUCAUCGCAGUCCAGAGGAAGCGCAACAAGGUCGUCGAGUGGCGCGAUCACGUCUUCUCGCAGGCCAUCCAUCAGCGGCUGCGCGACAUUGCACCGGAUAUCCGCCUUGCCGGCUUCCAGGCACUCCGUCGGUGGAUUCUGGAGUUUCCGGAGGAGUACAUGACGAACAAAUACCUGCGCUACCUCGGCAUGCCGCUUCACGACAAACGGCCAGAGCUUCGGGCUGAGGCGCUGGACACCAUUUUGCAGGCCCUCGCCCACGUUCCGGAUGCCUACAGUCGGCUGCAUCUGUUCCUCCAGUACUUUACGAGCCGACUGGUGGAGUUGAGCAACGACGUCGACGUACGCUGCACGGAGCUGGCCAUUCGCGUGGUGGCCAUGAUGGUACGCAGCGAUAGCGACGUGCCAGAGGGAAGCGAGCUGCUGAGCAACGAGAGAGUGGAUCAGGUUCUUCUGACGCUUUUCGACGAGCGGCCGUCCAUCCGCGCUGCUGCGGGCAUCCUGCUGAAGGUUUUUAUUCACUGCCGCACCGCGGCGGAGGAUAGCGAAGCGGCGCAGGUGAGUGUUGCCACGGAGCUGCUAUGCUCCUUCGCCGCCACGCUGCGCUCUCAGUACCGGGAGGCUAUGCCGGAGAAGUACCUGAUUGACGCUCUCUGGACGCCAGAGCGACCGCCGCUGUUGCUGACCGACUUUCAGCCCAUCCUCGCCGCCGCGCAGUCCGACAAACCUCUCGACGCUGUCGUGGGCUUGCAGUUGAUGGCGGCGCUGUUGCUGAAGGUGCAGGGCCGACUGACGCUGGGGCCGCUGCCGAAGGAUGACCGCCGCGGCGGCACGGUCACGGCAGGCAAGAAAAUCCCGCCGGCGACAAAGGCGGAGGCGGAGGCGUUGUUGCAUCGUCUCAGCGAGGAUGCAGCGCACGCUCUCUCCACCAUUCUGGAAGUGCACUGCGGUAGCGAGGAUGUUCUGCAAGCCGCCGCAGAGAUGUGCGCCGCGCUGGACGUCUCCACCUUUACUUCGCAGCGUCACCAGGCCGCUCUGUCAGCCCUUCUGAUCGAGUUGCGAAAGGCAACGCUGAACACGUCGUGCACCGCGCUGGAGAUGCGCGAAAGCCUCGCCAAGGCGUGGCAUCAGCUGGCCUUUACGGAGCACCCGCUGCGCAACGAAGCACACGCGCACCUGCAAGAGCUACUCAAGAGCGUCAUGGCGCAGUUUUCGCAAGCGGUCAGGGCGUCGUCGAGAUCCAGCCGGGGAAGCUCGCCGGCCGAUGCUGCGGACUUGUUGCACGCGUGGGCCCGCAUGAACCUCGCAUCAGCCCUUGUUCCGAUGGGGGCACACUGGCCGCAGAUCCAAACGGCGCUGAUGGGGAUUCUAGCGGCUCAGCCAGCGACCAACGCGUCGCUGGUGAUGUUGGUGGUUGGCACCGCCGUGCAGUGUCUUCUCUGGCAGGUGCACAGCUCCGCCGACGAGGCGAACCCGGCGCUGUCGUUGUCGCAGCUAAAGGCGCACGUGCGGGAUUUUGUGGCUGGUGUGCUGCAGUAUCAGGCGGAGGCGGAGGAGGAGACGCAGGCGACCGGCUCUCCCGGUGCCGCGGGGGAUGGCGCUGCUGUGCUGGCUCGUGCGGAGGUAUUCGUCUACCUCUGCGAUCUCCUGGCACUGCCGUAUUACGAUCUAGCGCAGGUGCAGCAGGAGAUGCUUGUGCGGCUGCUUCGCGGGCUGUACGAGCGAGUCUCGGCAGAGCUGCGUAGCGCCCAAGACUACCUGAAAAUGCACGUACUGGAGCACAGGGCGCAGCAGCAACAGCGCCCGUCCCAAGCCGCUAACUGGGUGACUGCGGGGUUGACUGAAUUGGUCGCGGCGCGGCGCGUCUGCUCGCGUAUGGAGGCGCUUCAGCUGCGGCUGGUGACGGGCGUCGCCCGCCUCUUCCUCUUUAAGCGGCUUGACGCCAUUCUGGCUGCGCCGUUUUUGUCGCUGUGGACGUACACGUCAUCGAAGGCGGUCUCCGAUGCCUUCAAGAGCCUCUUCCACAGUCUGCGUGAUCGCGCCGGCGACGACGGCUUUACCCUUGAACGCGACAUCCUCCUCGCGGCGUAUCAUCACUGUGUCGAGGUUGGCGCGACACCGUUUUCUGUGGAGGCGCUGUACCAGAUAGGCUUGAAGCUAUCCUCGGUGCACUUUGUCGGCACCGACCGACUGUACUCGUGCUGUCCGGCUAUGGUGCGCUUUGGCGCUGACUUCGCAGCGUCGACAGACCCGCUUCUUCUGCAAGCCGUCUCGUCGUACGCGGGGAAGCUGCGCCCGGCUGAUGCGCUCCACGUGCUGCGGGAUCACCUGAGCCGGAGCAGUCUGUUCACAGAGGCCACCAACUCUUACGUGCUUGCGUUCGUCACUGCUUUGCGAAAAGCUGCAAAACUGGACGACUCGACAGCAUCCUCGUUGAUGGCUGGCGGGAAGCGUCAACGGGCACUCGCUGGCACGACGCAGGUGGCGGAGGAGGAGGGCAUGCUUAACGCGAUCACACAAGGCUUGUCUGAGCGCUCGAGCGCCGCCACUGGUGCAGCUUCCUCGUCUGCACUUCCUGAUGGCCCAGGCCAGCGUAUCUCGGUCGCGUCACGAGUGGUCACCGCUGACGGCUGGCACGUUCGUGCUACUGGUGCGAGUCAAGGUAACGCAGAAGAUGCCGUCGAGGUCGAGGUUAGUCAGGGCCAGCGUACGUCCGCCGCCGCACGUUCCCGUCGCUCUGUUGUGAACGUUCCCACCACACAGGAGACAGCCCUGUCAUCCCUGGCGGACGGGUUAGACAGCGACGAAGUGUUUGUUGCAACGGAAGAGUACGAGUAG